GUUUUAAGAACGGCCGGUGGGGCCCGGACUGCGCAUGCGCCGUUCCGUUGCUGCAACUUUUAAGUUGUUGGAUUCGCUCCCUCGGGGUUCGGGGGGAUUUGGGGGCUCCAGGGGGGCACAGCACCCGCCCGCCCGCCCGGCACUGCCCGGGCCCCCACCCCCGGCCCGCCAUGGUGUCCUGGAUCCUCAGCCGGGUGAUCGAGCUGCUCUUCGGGAUGCUCUACCCGGCCUACGCCUCCUACAAGGCUGUGAAGACGAAAAACAUCCGGGAAUACGUCCGCUGGAUGAUGUACUGGAUCGUCUUCUCCCUCUUCAUGGCCACCGAGACCUUCACCGACCUGCUCAUCUCCUGGUUCCCCUUCUACUACGAGGUGAAGAUGGCCUUUGUCAUCUGGCUGCUGUCCCCGUACACGCGGGGGGCCAGCCUGCUGUACCGCCGCUUCGUGCACCCCACGCUGGCCCGCAAGGAGAAGGACAUCGACGCGUUCCUGGUGCGGGCCCGCGAGCGCGGCUACGAGACCGUGCUGCGCCUCGGCAAGAGGAGCCUCAACCUGGCGGCCAGCGCCGCCGUCCAGGCGGCCACCAAGGGCCAGGGCGCGCUGGCCGGGCGCCUCCGCAGCUUCAGCAUGCAGGACCUGCGCUCGCUGGCCGAGCAGGCGCCCGUGCACUUCCAGGACCCGCUGUACCUGGAGGAGCAGCAGAGCCUGCAGCAGCCCCUGGGCCAGCGCUACGAGAGCGACUCGGACGAUGAGGAGAUGUGGUCGGACUCGCAGGCGUCGCCCCCGCGCUCCCCGCGCUGGGACCCCAAAUCCCUUUCCCGCAGCCAGAGCCUGAGAUCCCAGAGGAAGAACCCUCCAAAAGAGGGCUUCUCCCGCCUCCUGCGCAGCCGGGCCAGGAGGAAAGCGGCUCUGUCGGAGCAGGAGAGCUGAAACUCCCAGGAAAUCCCUGCCAGGAGAGGAAGGAGGGAGCUGCGUCCCCAGGGUGGCUCCUGCACCCCUGGGGUUCCUCACACUAAAUCCCUGCUGUCGGUGCCUCGAGGGGGGAGCAGCUCAUCCCCCCUCCCAGACCCUCCAGCUCGGCGCUGGCGCCUCUGCUGAGGGGUCUGCCCCCCGUUCCCCAUCCUGUGAACACUACACGCUCCCCCCUCCUCUCCUGUGCCUUAUCCCAACAUUCCCGCUCCCCCGGGAGCCAGCAGCGGGGCCACAGCCUUGUCCCUCUGGAGCCAAAGCCAUGGCCCUGCCCAGGGCCCCCCAAACACAGACUGACACCCCCGGACUCGAGCCCGGGCAGCACACAAAGCUUUUAACAUUCCCCUCUCCCGAAAAAGAGGGUUUUGUGCAUGGAGAAAUAAAGGUUGUUACAGACUUUGGGAAGCA